UGAUCCAAAGGCCUGAUGUCUGAUGAUGCGAGGAGGUGAGCGAUUGGCGUGGCGUGGCAGCACUACUUCAGUACUUUGUGUGAUGUGUCAGCCCCUUAAUUAAUAGUUUAACGAGGGUCCUUAACUUUGCAGAAUUAAUUAAAGGCAUCGAUCAAUCACUAAAGCACAGAAAUAAUUGUGCAUCUUUUGCUUUUGUUGCGAAUUUAACCUUUUUUUAGUUACAGCGGUAAUGGGUUUGACUGCGUUUGAUUAAAAAAGCAGCUCCUGAACCAAAAGGUCCAGCUAAUAACGCUCCGGCUCGCGGAUUUCACGGAAGGACAGGGCAAGGAUCUAAGUCUAUUUUUAAGCUUCUUCUAAUUUGGAAUUUGAAGUAAUCUCUGAUUGAUUCUCCACAACUUCAUUAAUUUCCGAUCACCUCUUUCCCUCUCUGUUGUUUCUGGUUUUACGCCGGAUAACCUUGUGGCACUGCUUACUUCCUGGAAUGGAGGAUGUGACAAUUGCUGGGGAGAUGCAUCCUCCAGAACCUACUUUAUCGCCCCAUGAUGAUGACCAUAGUGAAGUUCCAUUGAUUCCAGUUACAAAUGGACAAUUAGAAUCUGAAAGUCAAUUUCCCCUUGAGGAAACUUCACAAGAUGGUACUCAUAAUCCAUAUGUUGAUCAAGAUCAAAUUGCAAAGGAAAGUUCUGUGUCAACUUCAACCAUUGAUGUCAUGUUGACAGAACAUCAGGGCACUCAAAUGCAAGAUACAAAAACUACCGCCACAGAGAAUUUCACCGGUGGACAGAAAUCUGAGGAUGCCUAUUCCAUUGAAAACCCUCAGGCCAUUAUUGAUGGCAUGAAUAUUCCUUCUGUUUCCUCUCCCAAUGUAAGAGUUGAAGCUGAUGAGCUCACUCUGCCAUAUGCCGAGCUUCCUAGUAUUGCCGUCAGAACCACAAAUCAAGAUGAUUGUUCUAUAGGAAGCCCCUCCAUUGGUGAAACGGUUACACCUUCUGCUUCCUCUCCUAAGGUAAGAGUGAAGUCUGGUGACCUUGGUUUGUCCCAUAAGGUUUCAAGUAUCGAUAUCAGUUCACCAAAAUCUGUUGAUUCUCCUAAACAAGUGAAACAGAUGGAUGCAAAAAGAGGUCUUAUUGAUACAACAGCUCCUUUUGAAUCUGUCAAACAAGCAGUUUCCAAGUUUGGAGGAAUUGUAGAUUGGAAAGCACAUAGACUCCAAACUGUAGAGCGACGCAAGCUUAUGGAGGAAGAACUUGAGCAAAUACAGGAGGAGAUGCCCGAGUAUAAGAAACGAUCCGAGGCUGCUGAAGAGGCAAAACAACAAGUUUUUCAGGAGCUGGAUAGCACAAAGAGGCUUAUCGAAGAACUAAAGCUCAACCUGGAGAGGGUGCAGACUGAAGAAUAUCAAGCAAAACAAGACUCUGAACUUGCUAAGCUCAGGGUAGAAGAGAUGGAACAAGGGAUUGCUGACGAUGCUAGUGUUGCAGCCAAAGCACAGCUUGAGGUUGCCAAAGCCAGGUAUACUUCUGCAGUUUCAGAGCUAACAUUGGUAAAAAACGAACUGGACUCACUGCGAAAGGAAUACGCUUCUUUGGUGACUGAGAAAGAUGUCACAAUGAAGAAAGCUGAAGAGGCCAUUUCUGCAUCAAAAGAGGUUGAGAGGACAGUGGAAGAACUGACCAUUGAGCUGAUUGCCACAAAAGAGACCCUCGAGUCUGCACAUGCUACCCAUUUGGAGGCAGAAGAACAAAGAAUAGGAGCUGCCCUAGCCAGGGAACAAGAUGCCCUUCACUGGGAGAAGGAGUUGAAGCAGGCAGAAGAGGAACUCCAAAGACUUAACCAGCAGAUUCUUUCAUCCAAGGAUCUCAAAACAAAAUUAGACACUUCUUCAGCCUUGCUUCUUGAUUUGAAAGCCGAACUAGCAGCUUAUAUGGAGUCGAUGUUGAAGAAAGAAACUGAUGGACACUCAAAAGAUGAAACAGGACUGGAGAAGAAAACUCACACUGAUAUACAAGCGGCAGUUGCUUCAGCGACCAAGGGACUUGAAGAAGUUAAGCUUAAAAUUGGGAAAGCAACUGCUGAAGUAAAUAUCCUCAAGGUAGCUGCCAUGUCAUUACAAACAGAACUAGAAAGUGAAAAGUCAGCUCUUGCCACCAUUAGGCAAAGAGAAGGUAUGGCAUCAGUGGCAGUCGCAUCUCUUGAAGCUGAGCUGGUUAAAACAGAGUCCGAAACAACUUUAGUGCAGAUGCAGGAGAAAGAAGCCAGGGAAAAAAUGGUGGAGCUUCCCAAGGAGCUACAGGAAGCUGCACUGGAGGCUGACGAGGCCAAGUUACUAGCUCAAAUAGCUCGUGAGGAGCUGCGCAAGGCAAAGGAAGAGGCAGAGCAAGCAAAGGCUGGAGCAAGUACAAUGGAAAGCAGAUUACUUGCAGCCCAAAAGGAGACAGAGGCUGCUAAGGCUUCAGAAAAGUUGGCUUUAGCAGCUAUCAAAGCAUUACAAGAGAGUGAAUCUGCACAAAGCACAAAUGAUGUGGAUUCACCUACUGGUGUAACGCUUUCAUUAGAUGAUUACUAUGAGCUCAGCAAACGUGCCCGUGAGGCAGAGGAGCAGGCUAACAUGAGGGUGGCAGCUGCCAUGUUGCAAAUUGAGGUGGCUAAGGCAUCUGAGUUGAAAACCUCAGAGAAGUUGGAAGAAGUGAAUCAGGAGAUGGCUGCAAGAAAGGAAGCAUUAAGAAUCGCAAUGGACAAAGCUGAGAAGGCCAAGGAAGGAAAGUUGGGUGUCGAGCAGGAACUAAGGAGGUGGAGGGCUGAGCAUGAGCAACGACGAAAGGCUAGAGAAGCUGGUCAAGGAGUUGCAGACCCCAUUAAGAGCCCAAGACCAAGUUUUGAGGGGAAAAAAGAAUCAAACAACUUUGAUCAGGCAGCAGAUGCUUCUGCUCCUUAUGCACCGAGUCCAAAUGCAUAUGUUCGGACAAGUAACAGUGAAAAUGAUUCCUCUCCAGAUGUGAAAGCCUUGAAGAAAAAGAAGUCAUUUUUCCCUCGAAUUUUAAUGUUUUUGGGCAGAAGAAGGGCACAAUCAAAUAAGUCGACAUAACUCUUCAUUUAAAGUAAAUGCACGUGUAUCUUUGGUGAGUUUACCACUUUUUGUUGGGCUCUGUUCUCAUCAUUCCAGUGGUGGAUGAGAUCCUACCGAAUUUUAUUCAAAUGUAAAUGCUGGUGAUUAUUUCAUGUAUGAUAACUGGAUUGAAUUAUAUUUUUGCUCACCGGAAGGAAUGUAUGGGGGUGGGUUUGAAGGAGGCAUAAUAAGGUGAUCCUAUGAUGUAUAGGUUUGUACCAUAUUAAUUUCAACUCUUGUAAAAUCUCCAUGAGAGUGCUUUAAGAAAGAAUUUGCGCUCCUUUUUUGGU